AUGGAGGUGUACGGUGUAGAGAAACGAGCGGCCGAGCUAUCUCUGUCCAACGCAGGCGCUCGAGCGGCCCCAGGAGGCGGCGCGCGGCGCUCUGGGAGGCGCAGGCGCAGCGGAUCGGUUAUUUUUUGUCUUGUCAACGAAGGGACGCGAAGGACCUCAGUUCUUCCGCGCCCACCGCCCCGGUCGUAUGCCGUACACCCGCACGCUACCAUAUCGUUAGCUAGCCACGACAACACCAUGGACUAUGCGAAUAGUGAUUACCCAGUGUCGAUUAAGCGCGAAGUUAAAAUUGAGUGUCACGACAAUGAGCCUUAUUAUUCGUACGUUCCUUUAGAAAUAAAACGACAAUCAGAAGCAGUUAUGCACACGUCCAACGACGACUCACCUACGCACCUCAUGGACCUAAGCGGUAAUUGCGAGCGACCCCCGCUCCAGACGUGGCCAUCCAACGUUUCCUUUGAUGGCGAGGAACGACAAUAUACUCAGCCACAGUUUUUGUCAUACGACCAGCCCUAUCAGAGGCAGCAUCAAAGGAAUCUCUACUUCGAAGACUCUAAUUCUCAAGAUGGUACACAGAGCUACUACGAAAAUAGCAAGAUGCAAAAGUUGGACGACGGCAGUCGGUCAUCGCUCAAUGAAAAUAUAUCUGAAACAGAAGAUCAAAGGAUGGCCAGAAAACGAAAAUCGUCUAAAAAAAGAUCUGCAAGCUUCGAGGAGAUGCAGGUACAGCGAGUGAUGGCGAACGUGCGCGAGCGGCAGCGCACGCAGAGCCUGAACGAGGCGUUCGCGAGCCUACGGCAGAUCAUCCCCUCGCUGCCUAGCGACAAGCUGUCCAAGAUCCAGACGCUGCAGCUGGCGACGCGCUACAUCGAGUUCCUGUACCAGAUCCUGUCGAGCGGCGAGCAGGCCAGCGACAGCGGCAGCGACGCCGGCUCCGACCACGGCAAGUACCUCGCGCAGGACAAGCUCAGCUACGCCUUUUCCGUCUGGAGGAUGGAAGGAGAGUGGACCAAUGGACAAACGUGACCUAAUUAAAAAAAAAUCUAUAGACUCAAUCAUAAUAAGUAAUUAGUAACUUAAAAAGACAUG